AUGGACUACGGAUACCUCAACCAGGCUGCGGCCAGCGCAGCGUUCGAGCCCUGCAUGGAAUCGGCGGCGUGCCAGCUGUCUUGUUCGUACGCGGAACUUGGACCACCGACGGCGGCGUACCACCGGUACUCGGCGCCGGUGCCCAGGUCCUUCUCGGCGCCACCGUCGGCCUCGGCACCCACCUGUGGUGCCGCGGGUCUCAUCGCUCGGGGUGUCCGGCCAGAGCCUCCGCCUCCGCCGCCGCCACCUCCGCCACCGCAGUCCCAGCACCACCCGACUCCCGUCUUCCCGGCUGGGGCCAUACAAAAGGCGGACGCCUGGAGUCGGCCGGACAGGUUGCCGGAGUGGGGUCCCGACAGGGAACGCAGCGCCGCCGCCGCCAGACAGGUCUCCUGGUUCGGACAGGGCGCUCUGCCGUACAAGGUGUACACGGCGGCGGCGGCGGCCGCUGCGGCAGCCCACGAGGGCGUGCUCACGGAGAAGCGGAAGCAGCGCCGCAUCAGGACCACCUUCACGUCUGCGCAGCUGAAGGAGCUGGAGCGGGCCUUCCAGGAGACACACUACCCGGACAUCUACACCCGGGAGGAGAUCGCCAUGAAGACCGACCUCACCGAGGCACGGGUCCAGGUCUGGUUCCAAAACCGGCGGGCCAAGUUCCGCAAGCAGGAGCGGCUCAAUCAGCAGAAGCAAUCGUCGGCGUCUUCGUCGUCCGGCUCCGACGCCGGCGUCACCACGUCCCCCAUCAGCACGACGGCGGACUCGACGACGCACACGUCGUCGGCCAAGGACUCCAAGGACGUCAAGGUCCUCUUGCAAUCGCAGGACGUCAAACACCUCAACGGCAAAUCUGUGGCGGCCGACAGCCCGUGCAGCCAGCAGCCACAACUGUCGCCCCCGAAGUGGAGUUCAAGCCCCUGCGGUCAACCGUCGUGUCUCGGCCCUUACCCGUACGGCUCGGGGCUGGGCGGCGUCGACACUAAACCCAACCUGUCGCCCCAGAUAUUUUGAAACCAGCUGUACUGAGUGAGACGCCAGUUCGCCAAUGCCAGCAAAACGCCGACGGACUUACAG